AUGCAGGAGGCCGCUGAGGCCUGCAGCCUGGAUGAUGACAUGGCAGACGGGGACCUUGGUGACGGGACGGGUGUCGGAGCGGCACCGGGCUCCCCGAGGAACAAGAGCCACAGCCUUACCAGCCUGAUGGAGACUCUGCUACCCAGAACGGAGCCACUCGGACCAGAGGGAGAGGUGGGCCGGAUCCCCGGACUGAAGGGCAUGAGGACACCGCUGGGAACCCGCUGGAAGCUGCCCCACUGCGUGACGGUUGUGCUGCGUUGUCAGGUGAUCGACGUAUUGGGCUGCGAGUUGGAGGUGGCGCAUCGUUACGUUGAAGGCAAAUACGAAGCUCUGAAGAUCCUGCAGGGGAAGGCCAUUCUGGACAAAGCCACGAGUCACACUAAAAGUCUGCUGCAGAAAAGUGAGGCACAGGCCAAAACUCUGGAGAAGGAGGUGAACACAUUGCAGUGGGAACUCGGCUUCAACCAGGUCCAGAUGAAGAAGUCCCAGCAAUCCUGGGAGGAGAAAUACAACAGGUUGGAUUCACUCCACACACACUCAUGUCGGCGGCGUUCUCAGCGGUUCUUGAUGACUUUGUUGCUGUUGUUCAGAGUUUUAAGUGAGAACAAAAGCCUGAGUGACAACCUGGAGGAAAGGGGCCGCGUUGUCCAGCAGCUCCGAGCAGAGAAUUCAGCUUGCAGUCGGCAGUGCUUGGAGCUUCUCUCCAUGCUGAGCGUGAAGGAGCAGAGAGCUUUCCAAGGAAGCAAACUUCAAACCAGCCUGGAGAGCGACGCCAGUGUUCUGGAGCUGGCGGUUUUGGGGGCCUGCCGGUGUCUCGGCGCUGCUGAGGCUUGUCCGUGCAGCCGGGCCGCAGCCGCCAGCAGGAAGCAGCUGGUCCAGAUGCAGCAGGAGGUGAACCACUGCAACUGCCAGUCGCUCUUCUCUUUAUUUGAACUCAUUUCUGUUUACCUUAUUCACAAUGACUAUGAGAGUUUGUGUGUGUUUGUUUUUCAGCUGGAUUCUCAACGUUUGAGGAGAGAGGAGGCGUCGAUGGUCGCGGAUGCUUUCCGCAUUGCCUUCGAACAGCAGCUGAGGAAACGAAGUGAUCACUUCCUGUUGCUCGCCGACGCAAAUAUCCUAAAAUCCCAUCACUCAAAGGCUGAAGGUGCUAACCGGAGUCCUGUGAUCAGCGUGAGCCGGAGGUUGAGAGGGUUGCUGCCAUCCAAGACGCCCGAUGAUCUGUUGGAGACUCUCUACAGACUGCUGGACUUGCUGAACGAUAAGGACGAGGCGCUGGCCCACCAGAGGAAGGUGAGCAUCAUGUUAGCCCGCAGUGCAGAGGAGCUGCACAGACGCUUGCGUCUGGAUUCACAUGGCGGGCCGGCACACCUGUCAGAGGACCACAGCCCGUCUCCACAAACAGACGCACCGGAGUCCCGCGGCCGAGCGAGGCCAGAGCCGCAGAGCGUCUCCGAGUCCAGGACUGACCCGCGGGAGCUGUCGGACCCGUCGCAGUGUGACAUCCAACCACCGCCCCACCACGAGGCUGACAUCCGACAAACGGAUCAACCAGAGUCCCCAUCCUGAUUGUUGCAGUUUUAACUCUUUUCUGACUGGUUGGCUCCAUCUAAACCCCCACUGACCGGAAACUUUAGUUAACGCACGGCUGCUUCAGGUCUAUCGAUCCACCUACGAGGCGAUGGACCCACACUUUGAACAUCACAUUUCCCCGCCGGACCUCCGUCAGAUGAUGAACAUAAAACUAAGUCGUUUUUAGGAACGAGAUGGACGUUAUGAGACCGAAUCACACAUAAGCAGGGAGAAAUGAUGGAUGAGAAGGCCACCGUUGGAUUUGGUAAGAAUAAACUGUUUUUUUGUGCGAGCAUUUGAAUGACUUAUUCCCGCCGGGAUGUGAGUAACUUUAUUUUUAAAAUUCUCCGGCUCAGCCGUCCAAGAGCCACAAACAUCUGGCGGUGUGACAGUGGGACCUCGAGUCUGUAGGUCAACCAGAUGGUCCCAAGGGGGAGACGGCUCGGUGCUCGACUCGUUUCACAAAUCACUGCAGAACCGUUUCAAACAGUCUGGAGAAGCUGGGACCUGUGUGUGUGUGUGUGUGUGUGUGUGAUCCCAAAAUGCAAAAUCUCAAUACAUUUUGCGACUCGAGCUCUGUGGCCUCUCGUGUGCGUGGACCCUCCCGUGCAGCCUCAGCCCCGUGCCGUGAGCGAACCGCUUCCCGCACACGUCGCACGCGUACGGCUUUUCCCCCGUGUGGACGCGCGUGUGUAUCUUCAACGUGGUGCCCACGGCGAAGCCUUUCCCGCACAGAAGGCACUUGUAAGGCUUCUCCCCCGUGUGCACGCGCACGUGGUUCUUCAGCGACGAGUCGUAGGAGAAGCCCUUCCCGCAGUGCGCGCACCUGUAUGGUUUCUCCCCCGUGUGAGUGCGGUUGUGCCUCCUCAGGU